AUGUUCCUCGUAGACGCAAUAACCUCGCUUUUCACUCUCCAAUGGACACAGCAAGAGCCAAAAUAUCGACCCUUACCUCCUCAUGUCAAGCGAACAUUCGUGAAGACACCUAAUGGAGACCUCGAACUCCUGGUCUGUGAGCCAGCCACAUCAUCCGCUAGCAAAACUACUCCAUCUCACCCGCCAAUCUUCUUCGCUCAUGGUGGCUGUGGAUCAGCAGGUGUAUAUCUGGAGUGGAUCACCUACCUCUACGAACACAACUACAGUGGUACAAUGUACGCCUACAGUGUAAGGAAUCAUGGCGCAAGUUACAGCUUGCCAUAUUUACGGAUGGUUCUUUCGACACCAUUCGAGGCAAUUCAAGCUGAUAUGGUUUCUUGCUUGGAGCAUGCUAUUCGGCGAGAGGAGGAGCAAAACUCUACGACACGUCUACCAAUAGUGGUCGGGCAUUCUUCAGGUGGUGGUCUGUCUCAAUCUCUACUCUCUGGCACUUUUUCAGAUCCAAAACUACGUAUCAGAGCAUCAGGUCUGUGCCUUGUCGGAGCUAUCACAUCUUUCGGGAGCUACGAUCUCUACUGGAACUGGCUGAAGAAUGAUCCCUUCUUCCCAUUGAGAAGUCUUUUCCACUUGCAACAUCCGAAUUCUCCCCUCUCGACCGAGCAACUCGUUCACAGCGCAUUCUUCGGACACAAGUAUCCCAAAAGUCGCACUGGUGAUUUCAAACAAUGGAUGCCAGCUUAUGAGUCCAUGGGCUGGCCAGUCGGUAUGGUUGGAAAUAGUUUCUGGGCAUGGGCUAACGGCAAGCCAAGUUGGUUGAAUACAAAGGACAUUGUGAGCAAUAUACAGAAUGCUGGUGAUGGCAAAGACAAGAUCUGCGUAAUAGUCGGCAGGGAAGAUAUGAUGUAUCGACCUUGGAUGUGGGAGAAACAAUGCGGCUUGUAUCGAGGUGCCCUGGAAGAACUCAAGCAUAAGAAGAAGAUCGACGAAACUGCUAUGCCGCAAACUAGCAGUGACGACUCCAUCGAAGCUGUUUCAGUGAAGAGUGAGGGUGGUGUUCGGCUGGUACUAGUCGAUGAUUCAGGACAUCAUGUGCAGAACGAUGUAUACUGCGAUCAAGCUGCUGAGGCAUUGCUGAGGUGGGCAAAUCAGGUUUGA